CGGAAAGGUUGUGAAAAAUGACGUCACACACAGAAACAUUUUGUUAAAAUGAAAACAAUCACUAUUUAUUUUGUAUUUUAUUUAAUAAGUGGUGCGUUUUGCAGAGCAAUAUGGCAAGAUGAUUACGUUGGAACUGCUGAAGAUGAUUUCGAGCCAAAUGAUUACGUCAGCGACCACAGCACUGCGCAUGUGCAGGAUAGAUCUGCUGGGAAAAGCCCCCUGGACACGCAUGAUACUGUAAACGAAGACAAUUUUAACGAUUACAGGGUAUCGCCAAUUGGGAUCGGGCAGCGCAGCCUGGGUUAUGAUGACUCUAGGAUAGACAAUGAGCUUUUUGAGGAUGAUAACAACGAGAAAAUCGAUAGGGCUCGGUCACUGGAAUCAAAACACAUACGCCAAGUAUCAGCAAGCACCCCAAAGCAGGACACCAGCACGCCACUUCCUCUGAUGCAGAACCAGGACAACAGUUUGAAAAGAUUGGCUGCUCAGCAGCAUUUGAGCCAAGCAGAGAUUAAUGAAGUUUCCAAAUACAUUGAGGCACAGAAGGGACAGACUAAUAAGCAAUCAAGAACAGAAAGCCCAGAACUGUUAAAAAUGAGGGGAAAUCUGGGAAAGAUGGAGGAAAUGAUUCGUUCCCUGUAUUGGAAGACUAGAAAAGAGAUUGACAUGACGUAUACCGGUAGCGAACCAAAAAACACCACAGAAGCCCUCAACACUGAUGUGCCGCCUAAAAAAGUGUCAGGGCUUACCCAAGUAAAUCUGCCUACACAAGUGGCACAGUCAACCACAUUAAACCCGCCUAAAACAGUUACCACGUCUACACCUGCCCCCUUAAUGUGCACCCAGACUCCAGCAGUGGUGCCCUCUUCUGCUCAUUCCAAUAACGCCCCUAACCCAACUCCAGCAAGUCCUCCUAAGCGCUCAUUGGGCAGCAUGACUCAGUCGGAAACCAAUAAAGAUUUGGAUUUCGAAGACAAUCUGGAUGACGAGGAAAGCAGACGGAAAAAAAGACACAUCCAUGUCAACAGUGGCAGCUCACAGGCUCCAAGGAGCAAAAAGUCGAAGGGUGUCAAACUAUCGUUAGACAAACACUCCCCGAGAAAAACUAGAAAAAGUCAAGGCGUCCCAAUCCAAGAAGACAUGCGUUUUGAAAAUGAUAACGACGAGGAGGUCGAUGGGGCUCGGUCAUUGGAAUCAAAACACAUACGCCAAGUAUCGGCAAGCACCCCAAAGCAGGGCACCAGCGCACCACUUCUUCUUGUGCAAAACCAGGACAACGAUUUAAAAACAAUGGCUGAACAACAUCAUUUGAGUCAAGCAAAGAUUAAUGAAGAAUCAAGCACCAGAGGCCAAGAUAGGGAUGCAUUGUUAAAAAUGAGAGGAAAUCUGGGAAAGAUGGAGAAACUGAUUCGUUCCCUGUAUUGGAAGACUAGAAAAGAGAUUGACAUGACGUAUACCGGUAGCAAACCAAUAAACACAACAGAAGCCCUCAACACUGUGGUUCCGCCUAAAAAAGUGUCAGGGCUUACCCAAGUAAAUCUGCCUUCACAAGUGGCACAGUCAACCACAUUAAACCCGCCUAAAACAGUUACAACGCCUACACCUGUACCCUUAAUGUGCACCCAGACUCCAGCAGUGGUGCCCUCUUCUGCUCAUUCCAAUAACGCCCCUAACCCAACUCCAGCAAGUCCUCCUAAGCGCUCAUUGGGCAGCAUGACUCAGUCGGAAACCAAUAAAGAUUUGGAUUUCGAAGACAAUCUGGAUGACGAGGAAAGCAGACGGAAAAAAAGACACAUCCAUGUCAACAGUGGCAGCUCACAGGCUCCAAGGAGCAAAAAGUCGAAGGGUGUCAAACUAUCGUUAGACAAACACUCCCCGAGAAAAACUAGAAAAAGUCAAGGCGUCCCAAUCCAAGAAGACAUGCGUUUUGAAAAUGAUAACGACGAGGAGGUCGAUGGGGCUCGGUCAUUGGAAUCAAAACACAUACGCCAAGUAUCGGCAAGCACCCCAAAGCAGGGCACCAGCGCACCACUUCUUCUUGUGCAAAACCAGGACAACGAUUUAAAAACAAUGGCUGAACAACAUCAUUUGAGUCAAGCAAAGAUUAAUGAAGAAUCAAGCACCAGAGGCCAAGAUAGGGAUGCAUUGUUAAAAAUGAGAGGAAAUCUGGGAAAGAUGGAGAAACUGAUUCGUUCCCUGUAUUGGAAGACUAGAAAAGAGAUUGACAUGACGUAUACCGGUAGCAAACCAAUAAACACAACAGAAGCCCUCAACACUGUGGUUCCGCCUAAAAAAGUGUCAGGGCUUACCCAAGUAAAUCUGCCUUCACAAGUGGCACAGUCAACCACAUUAAACCCGCCUAUAACAGUUUCAACGCCUACACCUGUACCCUUAAUGUGCACCCAGACUCCAGCAGUGGUGCCCUCUUCUGCUCAUUCCAAUAACGCCCCUAACCCAACUCCAGCAAGUCCUCCUAAGCGCUCAUUGGGCAGCAUGACUAAGUCGGAAACUAAUGAAGAUUUGGAUUUUGAAAACGAUCUGGAUGGCGAGAGUAGCAGACGGAAAAAAAGAUGCAUCGGUGCCAGCGGUAGCUGCUCGAAGGUUCAGAUGAGCAAAAAAUCGACGGAUGUCAAACUGGCCGUAAGCAAAAACUCACCGAGAAAAAGUGCCGGCGUAUCCAUCGUUGAAGACUUGGUAAAUAUCAAACAGUCAUUAGGGCUUCUAAAGAAAUUUGUAAAUAACAUUGUCCGUAAGGUCGCCCAUCGGACGAAUGACGCAUCUAACGAAGAGAUGGCAGAUAUCCGAUCAAACAGUGACAGAAUAUCGGAACUGAACAAGACGCUGGCUGGGAAAAUUGACGAAAUCCGAUACAACAUCACAUUGUUGAUGGCAUCACAAAGAGUCAUGGGUGAAACAGUAACUACUGUGAUGGUGAACAUGAUAAGCUUGCUGAAAAAGAUCUUGCCAAUUACAAUCAGAAAACAGCUUGAAGAAACAAACACUUCCAACAGAGAGCUUUAUGAAGAAAUAGAGGAAAGAGACCCGCAAACAGAGGAAAGAACCUCGCAACGUGCGCUGAAAAAAAGUAAAGUAUUACUUGAACAACUUGCUGCAAAAUUAUAUCUUGAUCAGAUAAAAAAGGGUGAAGAGAAUGUUGCGUAAAUAGUUCGCUUAAAAAUGAGUCCAAAAAGCAAGAGAAAAGGAUAAAAGGAAGGUUCCCUGAAAAAUAAUGCACAACAUAAUAAGAAGUCGAUGAAGAAAACUCAAGCCAAAAACACCUUAAAGGAGCCUUGAUACCUAUUUUUUUUAUUACAAAAUCGAGGCAUACCCACCCCACUCAUGCUAGAAGAGACAUUUCAUUCAGCUAAUUGUUGUAUCAACAAAAAUAGGUGGAUUGCAAUCCCAUAACAUGCACUUUCUCUAGCCGACAAUUUAUAUCAAUGCACUAAAAGGCUUUUAAGUAAAAGAGGCACAAUGGCUUCGGAUGUGGACAAUUAUUAAUACAUGCAAUAAAGAUUAAUGGAUUUUAGUUAUAGUUAAUAUUCAUUUUUUAUUUAAGUUACACUCUCCGAAAACAUCUUAUGAUUCUAAUUAUCAAUUAGCUAUCACUUGGAUUUGGCAGGCAAACAUACUUCUUACAAAAGUUAUACAAUCAGUUUUUAUGCCCCCGGAUCGAAAGAUCGGGGGUAUAUUGUUUUUGGCCUUUCUGUCUGUCUGUCAUUGUGUCAUUGUAUGUGUGUGUCACAAAACUUUAACCUAGGUUAAACUUUUAUAUCUUUUGCAAUAUUGAAGAUAGCAACUUCAUAUUUGGCAUGCAUGUGUAUCUCAUAGAGCUGCACAUUUUGAGUCGGUGAGAAGUCAAGAUCAAGGUCAAAGGUCAAACAUCAUUGUUUUUUCUUUCCUAAAACUUUAACCUUCGUUAAAGUUUGGUCAAAACUUUUUUUAAUAUUAAACAUAGCAACUUGAUAUUUGGCUUGCAUGUGUAUCUCAUGGAGCUGCACGUUUUGAGUGGCUAAAGGUCAAGGUCAUCGUUCAAGGUCAAAUGUAUGGCUUCAAAGCGGCGCAAUAGGGGGCAUUGUGUUUCUGACAAACACAUCUCUUGUUUAUAUAUAUUUUACAAUUCAUUAAUAUGCAUUUAUUUAGUGUUAUUGUGCCAGUAUCCGCAGUUUUAUUCCUUUAUUACUUGUUAUUUCACCUUUCAUUUGGCAUUAUUACGCCUUUGUUUCGCAUUGUAUCCCGCACAUUUAGCGUUAUUAUGCAUUUGUUUUCCCUAUAUUAUUUUCUUGAAAUAAACGCCUUCUGAUUAAAACGUA